AUGUGCAUGCAGAUGCUUUUUACUGGGUCCCAGCUGCAGAACAGGACACUGAUAACAGCUACAGCUCUGGAGCUAGCUUAUCUGGAACUUAUGGUGUUGUGUUCAAAGGAUCUAGAAGAGAGAGAAGAACAUGAAGCUGGUAAUAGAAGGAGUGUAGAGCAGGCUGCUGAUGAUCUGAAGGCACAUGCCAUUAUGAGCAAAAGGCAGAUGUCAGACAAAGUAACAGAGCUCCAGUUACUACUUCAGAAUGAGGAGAAUCUGACAAAAAACUUCAUUGAUGAAAAGACUCAGUAAACCCUGGAAGCACAUGAUCAGCAGUUGGAGUCCUGUCGAGAAAAGCUUGCAGCCCUGGAGAACUUCUCAUGUUGAGUUGGACAAAUACAACAGCACAGUGAUCCUAUUCAGUUGCUGGAGAAACAUAUGGAAAUCAAGAAAGAAAUGCAGGAGCUCAGGCACCUGUUAGAACAGUGUCAUCCAAUACCUCUCUCAUUUGAGCACAAACUUAAUUAUUGUAAGCACUUCAUGACAAUUCUUCAGCCUAUUCUACAGAAACCACUAGAGGCCAGGCUUAAAGAAGAUGUUUUCAGUAGCCUUAAUGCCACUGCAAAGGAGCCUGGAACAGCGUUAAAAACCAUGUCUCCUGUUGAUUGGUUGCUUUUCUUAAAAUAUGGAAGAUCACCAACCUGGGAAUAUGACAGCUUUCACCCAAGGCUGAAAUUGUCUGAUGACCAUCUUGUAGUAAGCCGUAAUUGGAAGAAGGUAUUUUAUCCUUGUGGUCCCCAAAGAUUCAGUAAAUUAUGGCAAGUGUUGAGCAGAGAUGCAUUCCUCUCUGGAAGCCAUUACUGGGAAUAUGACUUGCUUCAUGAAGAUGGAGCAGGAUGGUGGAUUGGCACAGCCUACCCUUCCAUUGGAGGAGACUCUGAAACCUGUCAACUGUGCUGGAACAGAGCAUCUUGGUGCCUUAAGAAGUUUAAUUAUGAAUACUGGGCAUUUCACAAGGGGGAGAGAAUCCCCAUCCUUAUAGAAUACGAUCCUGAUUGCAUUGGCAUUUUUCUGGAUUACAAAGCAAGAAUCCUUUCAUUCUACAGUGUUACUGAUGGCAUGGCUCAUUUGCACACUUUCUGCUGCAAGUUCACAGAACUAGUUUACCCAGCCUUGAAGCUCUGGGAAGGGUCCAUUGGAAUAUGCAAACUAACAUAAGGAACAAAACAAAAAACACCUACUUUUUCUGUUAAAGCCAUUUUAGCAAUGAUCUUCAUGAACUAAUCACUUGUCAUAUUAAAAUUUUAUGAUGCUUUUAGAACAUAACAUUUCAAUUCAAGAAAAACAACUUUAAUUUUUAAUGUAUAUGCAUUUUUCAAUGCGGGUGAAGGUGAUCUGGCUUUUAUAAAUUAUGUCAAUGUAAAAGUGCCAUAUAUAUUUUUUGUACUUUUUUCAACUUGCAAAAUGGAAGAAGUCUGGUUCAAAGCAGCAUAUUAUAACUGAGAUUUGAACCUGGAUAUUGCCAUCUUUUUUUUUUUAUUAACUCCCUCCCCUCAACUGCCUGGAGCAGCUGCUAUUACCAUAUUGUGUAUGGUAAUAUGUUUAGUUUGGUUCAAGCUUUAAGUUCAUAUAUUGCAUGUUGUUAUAGUUGACAAGGUCAGAUUUGGAUAAUAAAUGCACUAUGCUCAUACUUAAGUAUUGUCUUGGAGAAAUCACAGAUAGGCAGCAACUGUUGUAAAGGUCCCUUCAAGUAAAGCUGAAGUAGGGGCUUCUGUAGCCAUGCUUAACAGCUGUUAGCUGGUCUUACUUAUGACAAACUGAACUGGGUUUCUGGCGGGUCCUGUUCUUGCCACACAGAGUGGAAGUACAAUAAAAAAUUGUGUUAACACCUCCAGUAGAAGAUGAAAUGCCUAAGAGAACCACAGGUGCAAUAAAAAUACUAAGUCAGUGGGGCAUUUGUGCUCAAUUUAUUUUUGUGUCCUAUUUGCAAAGGCUCUUUAACUGCAGCUGGAUAAAGAUAUGCUUCCAUAAAACUAGGAGAGACAGCUUGCAAGUUUCUGUAUAGGGAAUUUUUCUUUUUUUUCCCCUCAAAACAUUAAUUAAUAAAUCCUGAAAAUUUCUGGAGUCUAUGUUUACAGCAGCCUCUAGGGUCAGCGCUGCUGGAGUGAAGAACCACUGCUACUUGAAAGGGGUCAGGUAAUCCUACAAAAUCAUCACUGGUGCUGGCAAAGGUGAGACCAUAGGUUGAAACACAGAAACAACAGCUUAUUAAGCUUUUUUUUUUUUUCAAAUUUUAAAU